GCGUUAACGGAACGAGUGGUGGAAGUACUUCCGCAACUGAAAUGUCCCCAUUCAAUCGAGCCACACCAAAUCCAGGGCCUCGACUGCAUUCACAUUUUCCCGGUUGUUCAGUGGCUUGUUCGCGAAGCGGUUCGUGCCAUGGAGAGAUAUGGUGACAAUGUACGCCAGCAUGCUGUUUAUCAGUUUGCUCAGCGAUUUCGUUUUUCAAAGGAUAAUGAAGUGGAAAGGCGGAAGAAUAUUUUUUUGAGUAACUGCCGCAAUAUGAGAUCCAGAUGUUCGCCGCAACGCAUCUACAAAUUAGCAAACGAUUUCAAAACAUCAAACUUACAAACGGAUGUUCGAUGCACUCUGCUCGAAUACGGAUGGAAAGCAGCCUCGGAUGCCACACUUCAGAAAAGCGCAGAAGCUCAGGCAGUCGAAGAUACCACUGCUGAUCCGGACAUUAAUCAACUUCUAAAGGAGCUGCCCAAAACGGAGAUUCCCCAGGACCAAAAGCAGCGUCUUUCGACGAAAACACUCGCGCAGUUUAUCGACGUUUCCGAGCUGGCCGAUACAGUACUCAAAAAUGAAGCCGAUACCGCUCAACAAAGGGAGUUGCCUACGCUGAGCAGCGCAUCCGAUCUGGAAAGCCAGAUAGCAAAGCUGGAAGAGGAAGAGAAGUUUUUGGAUGACUCGCUGAGAAGUUUGCAACAAAGAGAAAAAGAGCAAAUCGAAGAGAUGAAUGAGAUCGAUGCAAGAAUUGCGGAUUUCGAUAAGCUUGUGAGCAGCCAUGACAAAGAGACUGUGGAAAGGCUGAAGCAUUUGUUGAUGGAGCACGACGAGAUUCGUAAGCGCGAAACUGAUUUUAAAGCACACUGCCGAAGCGAACUCAAAAAAUUAGAUGAAGAGCUUGAAAGACUGAACCCGGCUGAUCACAACAGACAACAUGGUGACAAUAAUUUGACUGAACCCGAGAGGUCUGACGAAGAGCGCCUCAACAAACUUCGGCUCGAGCUGGCGGAUUUGAAUCGACAGAUUGCAGCUCAGCAUCGCAUUGUCGAUGCUGUUCCGGCGCAGACCGAGAUCACUCAGUAUCAGCGGCGUAUCAUCGAACUUUACAAUCACAGUUUGCUUUUUCGCUUUUCGAUGAUUUUUGCAUUAAAUAGAGCUGCAACGCCACUUCGGAUGAUUUCAGUGGUAAGCAAGCACCGAGAAACGAAACAGUUCUACAUACUGCACAACACACUGGUUGACAUUCAGACGUUCAUGAAGCGCGAACUGGACAUGCUAAACAGUAUCGAGGAUGUCCAGGAAAUGGCUUCAAGGGAGAACUACAAAGAAUCAUUCAUUGAGAAUCUUCAGAAAAUUUCCAAAGGCGUUGAGGCUUCUCUGGAUAAGAUUCUCAUACGGCAAAAAGAGUUACAAACGCGAAAAGACGCAUUGAGUGAUGAGUACCAGAGCCUGCUCGAAAAGGAAAGGCUCUUUUAUAAGACUGUUGAGGACUUCAAAAAUGUAAUGGCGCAUGCGAAAGGCAUCUCGGAUGUUCUGGAACCGGCAAUCGAAUUCAGUGAAAAUUUCAAGAAUUUUGGUGAAGGCAUGCCCUGCGCUAUAGGCAUUGAUGAGGCCGGUCGAGGACCAGUACUCGGACCGAUGAUCUACGCAUGCGCUGUUUCGUUGGUCGGCAGUGAAGAUAUUAUCAAAGAAAUGGGCAUUAUUGACUGUGAAUGGGAUGUUUUCCACUAUUGUGUGGAAGUGAAAAAAUGGAAUACUGUUCUCGCUGAAGAGGAAAAGUUGACAGUGUUUCAUCGAGCCAUGGAACAAUGCGUGAUUGAUGUUGGUGCUGACGAUUCCAAGGUUUUGACAGAGGCGAAACGUGAAAGUAUCUUUGCGGAAAUGAAACAGCAUACGGCCCUUGCUUAUGGAUACCGUGUGCUGUCGGCGCAGAUGAUCAGUGCAGCCAUGCUGAGGCGAAAGAAGUGCUCGCUUAAUGAACUGUCGCAUGAUAGUGCCAUAAAGUUGUUGCAGUCAGCUUUGCUCAGCAAUAUCAAUAUCACUGAAGCGUAUGUUGACACAGUUGGUCCAAAACAAACGUAUCAGGCCAUGCUGCAAGAGAAAUUCCCCGGCGUACAGAUCACUGUAUCAGAAAAAGCAGACUCAAAAUUUCCAAUUGUUGGAGCUGCAUCUAUUGUCGCCAAAGGUGACAACAAUUUGACUGAACCCGAGAGAUCUGACGAAGAGCGCCUCAACAAACUUCGGCUAGAGCUGGCCGAUUUGAAUCGACAGAUUGCAGCUCAGCAUCGCAUUGUCGAUGCUGUUCCGGCACAGACCGAGAUCACUCAGUAUCAGCGACGUAUCAUCGAACUUUACAAUCACAGCUUUCCAUCUCUAUUUGUAAAAGAUCAAUUAAUUGUUUACAGUUUGAGCACAGUAACUGAUCAAUUUUAUUACAUUAUCUGCAGUGUGAUGACAGAAACAUUUUUUGGUAAAAUUGGCUGGAUUCUCAUACGGCAAAAAGAGUUACAAACGCGAAAAGACGCAUUGAGUGAUGAAUACCAGAGCUUGCUCGAAAAGGAAAGGCUCUUUUAUAAGACUGUUGAGGACUUCAAAAAUGUAAUGGCGCGUGCGAAAGGCAUCUCGGAUGUUCUGGAACCGGCAAUCGAAUUCAGUGAAAAUUUCAAGAAUUUUGGUGAAGGCAUGCCCUGCGCUAUAGGCAUUGAUGAGGCCGGUCGAGGACCAGUACUUGGGCCGAUGGUCUACGCUUGCGCUGUUUCAUUGGUCAGCAGUGAAGAUAUUAUCAAAGAAAUGGGUGCUGACGAUUCCAAGGUUUUGACAGAGGCGAAACGUGAGAGUAUCUUUGCGGAAAUGCAACAGCAUAAGGCGUAUGUUGACACAGUUGGUCCAAAACAAACGUAUCAGGCUAUGCUGCAAGAGAAAUUCCCCGGUGUACAGAUCACUGUUUCAGAAAAAGCAGACUCAAAAUUUCCAAUUGUUGGAGCUGCUUCUAUUGUCGCCAAAGUGAAGCGUGACGAGAUUUUGAGAGAUUGGACAUUUCCGGAAGGCGAUAUCUGCACGCCCGAAGAUGGUUAUGGAAGUGGUUAUCCUGGAGAAAAGAGGGUUUAUGAGGAUUUCAGGGAAGACGCGGAGCGGCCUCAUGGAACUACCAUAACAUCAUUCUUCAGGCCUUGUGCUAAAGGACAGACUUGCGCUCCGCCGAAAAGUCAAUUUUUUCUGAACCGUUGCUUGUCAAAUAUUUCAAAUUUUUCUGAUUUUUAA